AUGCAUGAUUGUAGCUCUGUGUUCCUAAUUCCAGAUAGCGUUAUAUGCCAGCCUUCAAAGUGUUCUUUAAUUAGACUAAAACAUCCAAGAUCAGAUUUACCUUGUUUGUAUCUGUGGGAUGGUCAGUCUUCAGAGCUUUUUGAAAUUCAGAAAAUCGACGAAAAAUGUCGGUCUUGGAUGCUUGGUGAAAAUAUCAAAUCUGAUGGUGGGAUGUACGUUUGUAAUCGAAUUGACCCCCUCUUCUUCUUCAUAUCAUUCUGCAGAAAAAAUGACAAGUUUAUUUCAUGGGAUGCUAUUUUGAGUGAAAUCGGUGGAUGUUUCGAUGUCUUCAGCAACAUUCCCAACAUGGAAAGUCGUCUUGAAGAAAUUUGUGACAAAAGGUGUAUCGGUAGUUUAUCUGUUUAUCGGUUAAAUGAAUCUAAGGCGAUCGAGUGGUUGUCGAAUAGAGUAUCUGCUGUUUAUAAGGCUUCCUACAACUGCAAGAAUCCUGUUUUAGUUUCUCAGCUUCGAUUAAUUGCUACUAGUUCGUCUUCUGAUCAGUACGAUGGAAAAAGUGAAGAUUCACGGGUUCCAGAAUUUACUUCUAGUUCCAAAGAAGCUGAAAUAUUAUCAACCAAUCAAUUGUCACAUCAAACAUGUUUACAUUUAGCCUAUCAAUUAGUAGCUGAUUAUCUUUCACCUGAUUUAUACAUUAAGCUUCAAGAAAAAAUUGGAUUAAAAACGAUUGAAUUCAAUUUACCAGAUAUGAAUUCCUCUGAAAAUAUAGAUCCUAUUGAUGAUAAAUCUAUCCAGAAGUCAUUGAAUUCGAAAAAUUAUCAACCCAAAGAAGACUAUUCUUCAGCAUUAAAGUUAAAUGAAUCAAAGAUCAAUCAGUCAACUAUAAAGAAAGCGAAAAUUCCAAAAGGUGUACAAUCCAUUACAAAUUUCUUCAAUAAAAAAUAG